AUGGCCGAGUACGAGGCUUGUAUAUUUGGUAUUGAAGCUUCUAUCGAUCUUGGGAUCAAAAUCCUUGAAGUCUAUAGAGAUUCAGCCUUGGUAAUCAGCCAAGUCAAAGAAGAUUGGGAUACUAGAGAUCAUAAGCUCAUUGCUUACAAAGAGCAUGUCUUGAAACUAUUCCUCUACUUUGAUGAGAUUACAUUCCACCAUAUCCCUCGAGAAGAGAAUCAUCCAGGUGACGUGUUGGCAACUUUAGCGUUCAUGUUUAAGCUAUACAAAAAUUUCAAGAUUGACCACCACAACUCAUCUCCUUAUAGGCCUAAGAUGAAUGGCGUUAUUGAGGAAACUAACGAAAACAUCAAGAAUAUCGUGCAAAAGAUGGUGGAAACCUACAAAGAUUGGCAUGAAAUGCUCCCUUUCACAUUACAUGGUUAUCGUACUCCAGUACGCACUUCCACUGGGGCAACUUCCUUUUCUCUUGUGUAUGGCAUGGAUGUAGUCUUUCCAGUUGAAGUUGGGAUUCCUUCCUUAAGGAUUUUGACCAACGUUAAGCUCAAUGAAGCCGAAUGGUUACAAACCCGAUUUGACCAACUGGACCUCAUUGAUGAGAAGUGCUUGGCGGCUAUCUGCCAUGGCCAACUUUAUCAAAAACGUAUCAAAAGGGCAAACGACAAGAAGGUUUUCCCCCGCAGCCUUGAGGUUGGAGACCUCGUAUUGAAGAAGAUUCUUCCCAUACACACCGAUCCAAUGGGCAAGUGGACGCCAAAUUACGAAGACCCAUAUGUUGUGAUAAGGGUCUUCUUUGGAGGAGCCUUAAUCCUUGCGACUAUGGAUGGUGAAUAUCUUCCAUCCUCGGUAAAUCUGGAUGCAGUCAAAAAAUACUAA